GAACGGUAAUUGAUGAAACUUUCGCGUCCGCCUCUCCAGAACCUUUUUUUCGCUCUCCAUUUGCCUUCUGGUUCUCUCUGCCCUCUCCCGGGCUUUUUGUUCGUCCUGUUUCGCGAUUCUGUGUGUUGUUCUGAUUUCGUUCUGGUUCGCGAUUCAGAGUGUUGUUCUGAGUAGAGGACCUUCACCAGAGGCUGAUACGGGCAAGCCACAAGAAAUGUUCAGAAUCGGGAGUCGUUGCCGAAAUCAGUGUUCCCCACACGGAUUUGCUGCACGAACGAGAGAGGAAGAGACAGAAGACUUGUUCUUCAGUUUCUUGGCGAGAGAGAUGACUUGGGGAGCACGCUCGCAUCGCGAGUCUCCCUCCUGCCGCUGCCGCCGCUGCUGCGUUCUCCCCUGAUCAUUUGUCUCGCAGGUUUAAUCAUGAAGCUUGAUACAAGUGGUCUUGAGUCAUUUGCUCCGCAUCAAGGUGUUGACGCUGAAUUUAAAGAACUUUCGCUAGUUGCAUCGUUCGAAUUCCCCAAUGUUACAAAUUUUGAUGAUUUUCAGAAAAAGGCAGUUCAGAUGGUGAAGCCUGCAAAAGGGACAACGACACUAGCAUUUAUAUUCAAAGAUGGAGUUAUGGUUGCUGCUGAUUCUCGCGCUAGCAUGGGAGCGUAUAUAUCUUCACAAUCUGUCAAGAAAAUCAUUGAGAUCAAUCCAUAUAUGCUUGGCACAAUGGCUGGUGGAGCAGCUGAUUGCCAAUUUUGGCACAGGAAUUUGGGCAUCAAGUGCCGUUUGCAUGAGCUGGCAAACAAGCGGAGGAUUUCAGUUACUGGCGCUUCUAAAUUGCUCGCAAAUAUUCUUUAUUCUUAUCGUGGAAUGGGCCUGUCCGUUGGUACAAUGAUUGCUGGAUGGGAUGAAGCGGGCCCUGGUUUAUAUUAUGUUGAUAGCGAAGGUGGAAGACUUAAAGGGACACGUUUCUCAGUUGGAUCAGGUUCACCAUAUGCAUAUGGUGUUUUGGACAGUGGUUAUCGUUGGGAUUUAUCAAUUGAGGAGGCUGCUGAACUUGCACGCCGGGCAAUUUAUCAUGCAACAUUCCGAGAUGGUGCUAGUGGAGGGGUUGCUAGCGUUUAUUACGUUGGGCGCGACGGCUGGAGGAAGCUCUCAGGAGAUGACGUAGGUGAUCUACAUUACAAAUACUACCCGGUUGUUCAAGAAGAGGAAAUGACAGAAGCUGCAGCAGCUUAAACCAUUAAGCAUAGCAGUUGGCCACUGAAACUUUGCCAAGAGGUAGAUGAAUUUUGCUGCAACAAAUGCUUGGCAUGCGUAUGCAAGAAAAUAUUAUGGCUGUGAUUGACAUCUGGUCGUAAACAGAGAAUCACUGGGAUGAUCUCUUGUUUCAAGACAGUGAAGUUAAUACAUUCUUGAUGGUUCUUUCUUUGUUGAGUUAAUGUUUAAUGUGUUUUAAUGAAUCAACUAUAGUUCCUUAA